AUGAACCGCACAUCAGCCCGGGCUAGUCUCAAGGGCCGCGCGGCGUCCCUGCUGGCUGCAGGGAGGCUGAAACCCGUAGGCGCCCGGCUCUGCUUCACGUUCCAAGGCAUUCCACUCCUUUCUGGAUCUGACGGAGUUCCAGAUAGACUGGUCAACGAGAUUCACAAACUGCGGUUGUGCGCCCAGAAGCGCCAUAUCGGCACACGAGACUCUACUGGAACCCCCAUUGUCCAUCGCAUUCGGGGAUGGCUCCGCGGUCCGGAGCGCGCGCCGACGGGGAGUGCCUUCGACGGUCUUGAGCACACGACUGUCACUGCGCACGACGUUGGCCAGGGAAAUCGAGCACACCUUGAGUUUCAGAUGGCGGGGUUGCGAAGCGAAGGCGACCUCACGCAACGCGCGACACGUCUACGCAUCGCGCCCGAGAAGGGAUUGAGGAGCAUCAACCGCCGAGGCCAUGAACGCCGGCGAGCGCGCCGUCCUCGCUCGUCCGCCGACAGCGUUGAUGCGCCCCAGACCGUCGGCAGCGUAAAUUCGCGCGCACGUCAAGGCCGGCGUCAGGUGCGGUCGACAUCCUCGAGGUGGCGGCGCAGCUUCGACUUGUUCCGGCCCCAGGCGCACGUCGACGUCGAUCACGGGUCCGCGGCGCGCCUGGAAGGCGCGGCCGUAGAGAGGCGGGAGAGGCCGGCACGCGCGCGACGGCGAGAUGAACGUGGGCCCUGUCAGGUUUCUGCGCUCCGCGCGAACCUUUGGGGGCUCGCGAAGGUUGGCACCCCCGCGCCGCGUCGGCGGAGGACGGUGCCUCGUUUCGAACCCGGCGUUCCCGCGCGAGAUGCAGAAGCCCGGGGUUCUGCGCCGGAAUCGGUGUUAUGCGCGAUUCCUUCGUGGCAUGGGGUGGGGACUGGCCGCAUGAGCAGGGACGCAGCUCUAAUUCAAUCGCUCGAUGGCGCGGCACAUCGGGCGUGUUUCUCGCAGGCCGACUGGGCGGCCACAUUGCCAGGACCCCGCGGACUCACUGCGCACGUCCUCUUGGUUUUUGAGGGACGCGGCGGCCGGAGCCGACAUCGCAGGCCCGCGGAAGGCACGUACCUGAGCGCGGGAGGUUGUGCGACAGCCCAUGUCCAACGAGGCCACGCGCCCCGGAUAUGUAUCCGCGCGCGCACAAGUAGAACCGGACUGGACCCGGCGCGCCCUCGCGCGCAGAUUGAGUGGCCCGGCCGACGUGCAGCGACGCCGGGUGUUGCUUCUCGGCCCUCCAGCGCCGUGCGGAUGCGCAUCAGCUGCCCCGGGGGUCGCGCCUGCCAGCCUGGGGCGUGGGCGCGGGCGUGGGCGUGCACUGGGGGCUUAUUGUCUUCGCUCGAUUGGGCACGCUCGGGACGUGAGGCCGAACCUCGACUGCUGGUCGUAGACUGGUGGCGCGGUCGACGUCGCGGAGCUCUAGGGUACGGGAGUUGCCAGGCUCCAAGACCGUCAGGAGAUGGCGCUUUCCGCCCCAUGGAUUUCUUGCAAAAUUCGGGCGCGCAUCCCUCGCGCCGUGCUCCCACCGCACCCCGAACCGGGCUCGUUGACUCGACACCGCAUGCCGGAAAAGGCAGCUCAGUUGCUGGAUCGGGAAUACCGACGUUAGACCGGGAUGCAGAAGGAUGGGGUACGGGGCCCGACGGCGCGCACAGCCAGGACAGGAGCGAGGAUGCCUGCGGAAGAUGCAUCGCGAGAUUGGGGGAGCGCGUGGGGAGACCGGGUUACAGGAACGCAUGA